AUGGAAAAGAAGAAGGAAACCCUUCUGAACAAAAUUUACUACAACCCCAAGCACGAGGCUAGUUUUGGAGGUUUAGAAAAAUAUUAUCGUGCGGCGAGAGCAAUGAAAAACAACCUAAAUAUUAGUCGAAAUGACGUGCGUGAAUGGUUACGCUCGCAAGAGACAUAUACCUCACACAAGCCUGUCCGGAAAAAUUAUUCUCGAACGAGAGUUUUUGUUGCCGGUAUAGAUGAUCAAUUUGAAGCUGCAUGA